CAUAGCGAAUGCACACAUGACGUAUGGACGUCGGUCUUUUCUUGAGGUGACAAUGUUACAAUGUUGAGCACCCCGCCAAUUUUCCUGCAGUUUCACGUUGCUGCACAGAUAUAGCCUUUCUACUUGAACCAAAAGAUGGUGUUAGUACUAGUUAUUGGUGAUCUCCAUAUUCCUCAUCGCGUGCACGAUUUGCCUUCCAAGUUCAAAAAGCUUCUGGUUCCCGGUAAAAUCCAACAAAUUAUUUGUACAGGCAACAUUUGUGACAAGGAAACCUAUGAUUACUUCAGAACCAUUGCAGGUGACAUCAUCGUUGUAAAGGGUGAUUUCGACGAGAAUCCAAACUUUCCACAAAGCAAAGUAGUAACGCAUGGAAAUAUUCGUGUGGGCGUACUACAUGGACACCAAGUAAUUCCUUGGGGUGAUCAAGAGUCGCUGGAUAUCAUUGCACGACAGAUGGAGGUGGAUGUUUUGUUGACGGGCCAUACCCAUCGUUUCGACGCGUUUGAAAGCAAUAACAAGUUCUUUAUCAACCCUGGCAGUGCCACCGGUGCUUAUUCAUCGAUUCCUGAUUCAGCUGAACCUAUACCCUCGUUCGUACUGAUGGACAUUCAAGCCAGUGUGGUGGUUACUUAUGUAUACAAAUUGGUAGAUGGUGAAGUCAAGGUGGAGAAACUUGAGUUUCGAAAAGGAGAAUCUAGCAAAGUCUUGUAAUUUUAUUUCUUAUCUUUGAUAAACUUGCUGUUUAUACGUACAUCAUACAUAUCAUCUGUCGUAUUUACCACUUUCAACCGGUUUACAUUGCGUGUACAGCUGGAUGGUGUUGCUGUAAAAGUUUGUGAGCUAACAAUUUGUACAAUUGACUGGAUCAUCA